AUGUCAAAUCGUUCAAACUUAAUCGUACGUAAAAUUCCCGAAUAUGAAAAAGAAUCACCUGGGAUUAUAAAUUCAUCUACAUCUUUAAGAAAAACAUCAGCAACAAUACCAUUACUUUCAGAUUAUGAUUAUCAAGCACCACGUACAUGUCAUUCAUUAUCUCCAGAAUCAAAAUGGCAUAUAGUUCGUCAUAAUAUACAUAAAAUUCGAAGUUGGGGUUGUAUUAAACGUAUGUCAGCUGUUGAUCAACCAUUUCGAGAUUGGUAUCUUUUUUUUCAAAUGAGACGUGAAUUAAAACAUGCUGAAGAAGAAAUUCGUGCUAUUCAAUAUCGAAAAGAUUUUAGACCUAUUCAUCAUUUUGAUUUACCUAUUGAUGAAACACAUAUACGACGUUAUAAUGUAUCACAUAUUCGAUCAACUGAUGGUCUUUAUUAUGCUGGUCUUGGUUCAGAACCAAUUGUUUUACAAUAUUUACUUUAUUAUUUUAGUAAAGAAUGUCCUGUACCAUAUGGUAGUAUAUUUUAUUCAUUUUUAUCUGAUAUUAAUGCUGUAUUACAUACAAAUCGACAACGUAUGCAUCAAGUUGUUGUUUAUCGAAAAGUUGCAUUAAUUAUAACAUUAAUUAUUUGUAUUCUUAUUCUUAUUAUGUUUUUUUCAUUGAUAUUAAGUGUAUUAACAACAACAUCAAAUUUAAGACAAAUGUAUAAAAAUAUUCCUGAUGAAGAUAUAAAAUGGCAUGAUUCAAAAGAACUUCAAACAAUAAAUUCAAUAUAUAAGCCAUAA